GAGAGAGAGAGAGUCAAUGGGUUAGUUGGGAUUUGGUAGCUGGGAAUGGGAGAGAAAUGGGAGAAAGUAUGGAGAGUGUUCACUAUUUUUAUGGAUCUCUUGACUCAAAUUCAGGAUGGUGGACAAGAAGAAGGUGUUGGAACAGAACUUGGCUUAGAGGAUAUGUUGCAGAAAAGGGUUGAGAGGAAGAAGGUUGGAUUGGAAGUGAAGUUGGUGAAUCUAGAGUUUUGUUGUUUUGGUGGCCUUAUCUAUCCGGCCCAUGGAUCAUCGCUGUUGGCCGGUGAGCCGGAAACUGGAAAAAGGCCCUUCCUGUAUUCAACUCGGAUGUAUGUUUCGCCAAAAUGGGGCAAAUUGUCGGAGCCCCUAUUUAACAUCCGGACAGGCAAAUUGUCAGAGCCCCUGUUUAACAUCCGGACAGGACCCGGACCUGGGGUCGUUUGA